AUGUAUUACUUGAAUAAUCUCUUUAUUUUGUUAUGUCUUUUAUCAAGUAUUUCAUGUUCCAUUGAUAAGAAUUUUAUUCAAAAACAAAAUGAUGUAAUGAAAGAAUUUUUUUCUAUAUGUAUUGCAUUGAUAAUAAUUGGUUUUAUUAUUGGAUCGAUUUUAUUAACUAUUAUUUUACCAAUUAUAGUUGAUCCAUUCGUUGGUGAUGAUGAUCAAGAAUCAAUAAAUUCUUUGUAUGAAAGUCAAACAAAUGACCAAAAAUCAAAAAUUGAAUCAGAUGAUUCUUUAUCAUUAACAGACAAUGAUGAUGAUGACGACAAGAAUAUUAUUGAACAAGAUACAGAUGAAAUAUCAUCCUUUUAA